GUGGACUUGUGGUUUUCAUACUGCAAAUCAUAUUUUUAAGCUAAUAAAAUGCAUUCGGUAAUAUCUGUGUUAAGUAGGAUCAAAAAUAUUGUUCCCGAGCUUCAAAAUGCUUUACCAAAUUUGACAUUUCAUGAAGUCUCUAAUGCAGAUUUGGAUAAGCAGUUCAAGGAAUCCCACAUAAUAGUAGCUGAUUACGAUCUACUAACACCAUACAUCUACAGUUUACCUCAAGCCAAAUGGGUACAAGGAACAUGGGCAGGUGUUGACGGUUUAAUGGAAAAAAUUACUAAAACUCCAUCAUUUUCAAUUAGCAGGUUCACUGGAAGCAUUUUGGUGCAUUAAUGAGUGAAUAUGUUGUUUCUAACAUUAUAAACUUUGAGAGGAAUGCAUUUGAGAUUAACCAGAACCAAAAAAUGAAGCAGUGGAAGGUAGAUGGAAAAAUAGACGAGCAUAGAGCCAUUUUUGAUUUGACUGUUGGCAUUUUAGGAUUAGGGAAUAUUGGAGAUAGAGUGGCCAGGACAUUAAACUACAUGGGUGCUGUUGUUUUUGGCUACGGCAGAAGACCUACCUUAAACCUUGAAGAGAAUCCUCAUAUAUCAAAGUAUUUUUCGAACAAUAUGCUUCCCCAGCUUUUGCGAGAAUGUGAUUAUGUUGUUAAUACUCUGCCCGAAACUCAAGAAUCGAAAGGAUUGCUAAAUGGAGAUCUUUUAGAAAAUUGUAAAGGUAUGUAUGUCACAUUUAUAGUUAUUUAUGCAACAAAUACUAACGAUGGCUCAUCAUCAAGCGAUUUAUCUGAUGAUUUUUUAUUUCCUGUUUAUUUUUAAUAACAUUCUUCUUCUUCUUGUCCUUUUUGGGCAUUUUUAAUAACAUUAGCAAACAUAAACAACCCAUAACCUGAAUUAACAUGCUGUCAUUUUUCCUGUAAAAAAAGGACAUGACUUUUAAAUCAGCUGGCCACGUAUCUAAGAGGUGGAGGCUAUAAAACAUAUCGAAGAAGAGUAUGACACUAAUAUUUAUUGGUUUCAACCUUAGACAAGAAAAGAGAGAGGACAGGUAACGAUAAUUUAAUAAACUUUCACAAAGUGAAGCCAGUUUCGAUGUGACCGCCAUGUUUUGGUGCCUAUACAUUGCCCGUUACUACCUCUCGCAGUAGUACGAGUAGUAGAUGAUAGAUGAUACAGCUAUGGUAGCCUAGUUAAUAAUCUUAAAUGAUCCGCGAUUGUGCACAAACGUGAGAGACCUGCACAGACGGAUACCUAAUUUGAACAAAUGAAAGGGUCAAUUAUUAAUAAUAUAUGAUUUAAGAUUGGUGAUGUACCGGACACGAAAUGUGAGUACUACAAAGAAUAUUUUAAUAACGCCCUUUCUACUAAAAAAAUUGGUGAUUUUUAGUAAUUUUUACAUCUAACAGGUUGACUGCGUUCACAAAAUAUGUAAACCUCUAAACUGUGCAUUACCGGUCCCCCGGGACCGGUGGCUUGGCGCAAACACGGUGCGUUACCGACCGUCGGGGACCGGUAAUGACGUAAUUAUUUUUUUUAUUUCUACAGUUUUACAAUAUAAAUUAUAAGAGUUUUAAGAUCAAUUAUUAAAAGUAAAAACAUUUAAAAACUUACCAUUGUCAUUCGUUUUUUGAUCAGGUUUCCUGUUAAGAAUAUUUUUGAAGUGUCAAGACAGCUACUAUUUUUUUACAGAUUUAGAUUAAAAGAGUAAAUGAUACAAAACUUCUUAAUAUUUUAUUAGUGUAAAUGAUAUUUGAAAACAAAAAAUAUGUCCUAAACUAAAUAAUAUGUUAUUAGUUAUUAAACAAAAAACAAUAAAGUUUCAGGAAAUUAAACAAUUUUUUCUUAAUUAUUAAACAAAAAACAAUACAGUUUCAGAAAAAUAAACUAUUUUUUAUGAAUGCUAUUAAAGCAAGAUAAACACAUUCCUGGUUGACCAGGACAUUCAUUGCAAUAACUUGUUACUUUUGUCACCAUAUUACUUGCCUGUUUGCUUGAAUGUGUUUCUCUUAAUUUAUGAUAGCAUCCUUGGCAUUGUCUUCUCCUUUUCUUUCCAGGUCCUGAUGGUUUAACAAAAGUAUGGAUAACUCUUUUGGGAGUAGUGGUGUUUUCGUAUGCAACUGGAGUAACAAGUAACUCUUGUGCCAAUCUUUUUCUAAAUUCCAUUAUAGAUAACUUUGUGGAACAAGUAAUAUUGUUAUAAACAAUCCAGGCAUUUACAAUAGAUGUUCCGAGCAAAAAUUCAAAAGCUAGUUUACGGUACCAUUUUAAACUUUUUCUUAAAACGGAAUGAUACGAACUCAUCUGAUCACUAAAGUCUACUCCUUUUUUUGCUUGAUUGUAAUCAAUAAUUGCCUUUGGUUUCAUCACAAGCUCACGUUGCCAGUUCCGCUUUCCUGUUGGUUUUAAGGUAGUUGUAUGGGUUGGAUCAGUACUUAACAUCAGAACUGGCCGUUUGUCCAUCCAUCUUAUAAUACGUAACGAGUUGUUCUGAGCACCCCAAAUUUCUCCUUUUUUCAUUUUUUUAGGUAUCGUUUUGGGAAUACCUCUUCUGUUAGACCUCAGGGUUCCACAAUAAAUUAUUUUUUUUUGAAUAACGAUUUGGCUAAAGGUAAACUGGAGUAAUAAUUAUCAGCAUACAAGUAGCGGUAGUAACCAUCUUUGAAUUCAACAUUUUGGAGAAGGUCAUAUACUAUCUGCUCACUUUGACAAGUAUUUGCAUUAGUAGUCGUAUUUUUACCACGAUAAACGAUUAUGUUGUUAGUAUAUCCAUCCACUGUACAUAAUUUAUAUAAUUUAAUUCCAUACGGGUGUGUUUUAUUUGGGAGAUAUUGCUUUAUUUGUAGUCUUCCUUGAUAAGGUACUAUACUUUCAUCGACAACCAAAAUCCGUCCUGGUGUUAAUGCAGCUUGAAAAUUUUUAUUCAAUACUUUUAAAACUUCACCUAACUUAUAGAGCCGAUCAUCUUUAUUACACUGCUCAUUAUUACAAAAAUGAAUGCAACGCAUCAAUAAAAGGAACCUGUCUCGUCUCAUGGUAUUAGUAAUAAACUCAUUCCUGAACAUGGGAUCUUUUGACCAAUACAAAUUUAUUGCGGGACCAUCAACUAAUCCCAUAACUAUACAUAUUGAAAAAAAACGUUUAAGUUCGGCUACAUCGCAGUCAACCCAGGAACGUAUACGUGAUUUUGAUCGAUGUAUAUUUAACAACAUUUGCCGAGCAAAUCUAUUUGUUUCAGUAACAAUAUUCUGUAAAAGAUCAUCAGUUACAAAUAACUUGUAAGCGUCUAUAGGAUUUUUUAUUUCAUUAACGUUAAAAUUUAAUAUAGGCAACUCUUGAUAUUGUUGCAACUCACCAGCUUCAUUGUCACUCUCAUCUAUAUCAUGCCACUCGUUUUCAUCAUCAUUUUCAGAUUCUGACAUUUUUUCACUUUCAAUUUCUGUCUCAUUAUUAUCAUCAAAUAAAUCACUCGUACUUACAUCACUGCAAGAGUCAUCUGAAGAAAGAACAUAGUUUUUGUCGAUUACAGAAUCGUCCGAAUCAAAAGGAUCGUCCCGUUCAUUUUCACUGUCACUGUUUGGCAACUCUGCAAGCACAUGAUCUCUUGAAUCACCAGGACUUUGGCGCGCAUUUACAACACUUGGGUUAUCUUCGUUAUAUUUUUUAUUUUCAAAUGAAGUACUCGGUUCGUUACACUCUACAGUUUUUGUUUUGUUUGUAUCAGCUGUUUUAGCUAAAAACAAAAUCUUUUUAACGCGAGAUGACAUUUUUAGACUAGUAAAACACAGACAUAAACACACCUGCUAUUGAAAUACAAACGAUACUAAACGUGGAUUGACUGCGCAAGCAAGCAUAUAUAAAUAUGCACCGGUCCCACAGGACCGGUCUCGCACCCGAGUAACAAAUUGUAAUGUCUGUGCGUUACCGGCCCCCAAAGCCCGGUACAUUUUUUUCUUUUAAAAAUGUUUGGAAUCUUGAAACAAGUAUAAUGCUGUUUUUAGCAUUUAAAACAAACGAAUAUUAACGAAGAUAUGCUUUUCGCAAUUUUUAAAAGUUUGCAGUUUUCACAUACCGCACUUUAAUAAUAACGAACACCGGUCCCACGGGACCGGUAACGCAGUCCACCUGCUAAAGUCAAUGUCUUUCACUCCUUGACUUUUUUAUUAUUAUUUUAGAUAAACAAACUGUAUUUAUAAAUGUUGGAAGAGGAUCAAUAAUAUCAGAAGAAGCAUUAAUAAGAGCUUUAGAGAACAAAUGGAUAUCAGGAGCAAUUUUAGAUGUCUUUGAAAAAGAGCCAUUAACGACUGAUAGCGCCUUGUGGAAAAUGCCUAAUGUGAUCAUUACCCCGCAUGUGUCAGCUUGUUCUCGCUCAAAAGAUAUAGCUCAACUGUUGAAAGACAAUUUAGAAUAUUAUAGAAAAAAUUUACCAAUUCCAGCUACUGUAGAUUUCAAUAAAGGCUACUGAGAACAAAAUACCAAAGAUGGACAGCUGAAAUAUCUUUUACAAACACAGUGUGAUAUUUUUACCAUAUGUUACAUUUAAAUAUAUCUAUAAAUAUACAUUUCAU